AUGGUUGCAUUAGGACCUGUCCUUGGUUUUUUAAUGGGUUCUGCACUUCUUUCUCAAUGGAUAAAUAUUGGUCAUACUGAAAUUCCAAAUGGAAUAACAACAAAUGAUCCUCGUUGGAUUGGUCGUUGGUGGGCUGGAUUUCUAGUAUCAGCAAGUUCAUUAACAAUUCUAUCAUUUUUUCUUUGUACAUUUCCUGAUAAAUUACCACGAGAUAUUAAUCAAACAGAAGAAUCAAUUGAUGUGUCACAAUCAACGAAUUCAAUAUGUGCUCUUGGCCAAGCUGCAACACGUCGUCAUACACUACCUAAAAUAACUAAUCCAACUCAAUGUACAUUUUUGUGUCGAAUAUCUAAAAUCAAAGACAUUUUUACAAGUGUAACCGAUCUUUUAAUGAAUUUUACAUAUCUUUUAAUUGUAUUAAUUAAUUCAGUAGAAAGUAUACUUGUCGUCUCAUUUACAACAUUUAUGGUCAAAUAUAUAGAAUCUGUAUUUAAUUUAUCUUCAUCAUUAUCCAGUAUAUUAACCGGCUCGAUUGUUGUGCCAGCAGCUGUCCUAGGUACAUUUACAGGUGGAUAUUUAGUGCGCCGUUUUCAUAUGGGAAUUCUUCAAUGUAUAAAAAUGAUCUUAAUUGCUUGUUCAAUAUCGUGGUUUGGUUUAAUUGCAUUAUUAUUUCUAAAAUGUAAAUCAACAACAAUAUAUCAAGGUGAUACAUAUUGUUCAAAAUCAUGUCAUUGUUCUUCACAUGUAUAUGAACCAAUAUGCUAUCAAGAAGAAAUAACAUAUCUUUCACCAUGUCAUGCUGGUUGUACAUUUGUUAAUGGAUCAGAUUAUUCAAAUUGUACGUGUUUACCAAUUGGACGACCUAUUCGUUCUGGUUCAUGUCAAAAUAUAUGUGUUACUGAAACAUUUUUGUUUUUAUCAAUAUUAUUUGUUGUUACAUUUUUUCAAACGCUAAUGGCUACACCACAAUUAAUAAUAAUAUUACGUUCAGUUCAACAUGAACUUCAAUCGUUUGGUUUAGGCUUAGAAAAUUGUAUUAUGAAAAUUCUUGCUCAAAUUCCUGCACCGAUUCUCUUUGGAAUUAUAAUUGAUGAUCAAUGUUUAUUUUGGUCUCAAGCAACAUGUGAUCGCCGUGGAUCAUGUUUCAUAUAUAAUGGAGAUCGACUACCAUCUACAUUAUUUGGUACAGCAAUUAUUAUUAAAGCAAUUUCAUUUUUUCUUUUGACUAUUUUACUUAUUGUCACAAUAAGACGACAUAAAAUACCAAAUGAUUUUUCUUCUCGUCCGUCUCCUCCUGUUCCAUCGACUUUGCCAUGUCAAGAACAAGAAGAUCCUUUGAUUAUUUCGGCAUUAUAG